GGAAAACAAUCGUAUAAUUUCAUGCCCAUAAACUCAUUUUCGAGUAUUACAGCACAUUUUUUCCACAAAAUGAGUUUGAAAUCUGUGACAUCACUUUUCACUGGUGGGGGUUAGGCAUAGAGGAAAGUGAUUAACGGCUGGUGUAAAGCAGAAGUUGUCUCAGUCCUGUAGUCAUGGAAACCGUAGACUACAGCCAGACAGCAGAGGAUCAUCAGAGCUUCCUGGUUCUCAUUAGACCUACAGGAAAGUUGCUGACGUGGAAGCAUUUCUCACGAUGCUGGGAUAGAAUUUGUCAGUUAGAUUGUGUCGCAGUUCCAGGCCAGAAGCGGGACAUGUAUAUACGUUACAAACGGGCUUACUCCAAAGAUAACAAUGAAUGGGGUGAUUUUCAGGCACAUCGGAAAGCCUUGGGAUUAAUUUCAAUAGGGAGAUGCUCAACGGAGUCAGAGUUUGAUGAAUUGUUUGAAAGCUAUAAGAAAGAAAAGGAGCAUUACUCGGAAACACUGUAUAAUUCCAGACUGAUUGUUUUUGGUAUGAAUACAGAUGGUAGUGAAAUAAAUGAAGAGCAACAAAAAUCAUUCAUGCAUGAUGGUUUGUCCCCGCCGUUAACAUUUAAAAUAGAUACAGAUAAAAACAUCGAUAACGCUGACCGUUUAAGCUGUGAUAAAGGAGAUGACAUCAUUUCAUCUGAAAAUAAAAAUAGUAACAGACAGGUUGUUGAUGUAGAAGAACCUGUUGAUCCUUUGAGGAAAACUUCAGAUGAAAACUCUGAAGUAUCCACGAAAGAGGAGAGUGUGACUUCAUCACCAAAGAAACAGUCUGAGGAGACUGGUUCACAAAUAACCUUCAUUAGACAGAAGACUGAAAAGGUUGAUAAAAAUAUUGAAUCAGUGAAGCAGUCUGUAAAAAGGACAGCUAGUAAUAACAGUUUAAGAGACAAACCUGGUUCAGAAGUGGUGUUUUACCCGAGUGUUGACAUGUGUGACGGUCUCGAAGAAAGUGUCCGUGAAUUUGUGACGUCCCUGUUUUUUGUUCUUGAAGGGAAAAGACUGGACAGGGGGUUUGAGCGAGGAGACAAGUCACAGUUGUUAUGUACACCAUUUGAGAAGAAAGAUUUUGUUGGUGUUGAUCCUGACACAAAGUCAUACAAGAAGAAAUGUCAAGGCCGUUUAAGGAAGCACUUGGCUGACCUGUGUUUGUUAGCAGGUCUACCUGGAGAAGCAAUGUUACAUUACAGCACUGCUAUAGAUAUACUGAAGCCAGUUAAUGACUGGCUAUGGAUGGCAGCAUGCUAUGAAGGCAUAUGUGCAGCAUCAGUGAUCACAACACACAGGGGUUCUCAGAUGACUACAAUACGUAGGAACCAGUCUUUCUCAGUCAAACGUGGAGUUGCUGGCCUUGACAAACAAAAACCAGGCACUAAGAUUCAUAGUUAUUCAAACGGUUUACAAGAACUUCCUGAAGUAACCAGUAAGUCUGGUCUCAACCCAGAUGAUAUGAUUGAAAAAUAUAAAGAUGCCCUAAUGUAUUAUAGCAAGUACAAGAAUGCAGCAGUUAUAGAGAUGGAAGCCAGCUUUAAGGCCUGUCGUGUUCUUAUUUUACAUAGGAAAUACUUGGAGGCAUCAGACUUCUUACAGAAUGUUGUGUAUAUAAAUCUACAGUUGAGUGAUGAAGACAGAAUAAACAGAUACAGCACCUUAUCAACACUAUAUGCUCAAAUUGGAUUCAGCAGAAAGGCAUCUUUCUUUAAACGAGUGGCUGCCAUGCAGUGUGUGGCCCCACAAAACCCCAAACCAAACUGGCUUCUGUGUCAUCAGUUGCUGGUUCAAGCCUUAGAGGGGUACAGAAUUUACCUUGACCCCUCUGAUUCUACAGCAAAGCCAGGACACAUGAAUGGUUGGCCAGUGUUACAGAUGCGUGUUCUACAUGAACUGAUAUAUUCUGCCAGAAGAAUGGGUAACUUGCCUCUAGCUAUCAGGUACAUGACAAUCUUACUGCACACACAGCUGGACUACAUGAGUGUACAGGAGAAGCGCGAGUUGGUGGUAAGCCUUGAGAACUUCACGUCACAAACGGAAGGAACCACACAGCCUCUUGCCCUAGAUUCUGGACUCAUAGUUCCGCAUGUACCACUUCUUAAUCUCCCACUAGUCAAAUCAUUCAAACUUAUGCCUCUUCAAACCCACCUAGAGCCAAAGAAGUUACAGUCAGUACAGGAGGUGUCGGAUAAUGUUUUUAUAUUUACCCCACUCAAUCUAGGCCCAGCUGACACCGGUGAUAUCAAAACUGAUGUGGAUUUCAAAUGGGUUGAAGGUGACAUGGCGGAAGUACAGUUACAUGUCAGUAAUCCAAUGCCCGAUGAGCUGAAGAUCUCGCAGAUCACCUUGACCACCGAGGGUGUUGAGAUCGAGUCUUUCCCGACAGCUCCAAGUAUACCAGCAGAGAGCGGAUCUUACCUUGUGAAAAUAAUGAUCCGGCCUACAUCUACUGGUGAUCUCAAAAUACUAGGCUACAGCACCAAGGUAUAUGGUGUGAAGAGCAAUUGUCGACUACGAGAUUGUUCAACAUUUCCACAGUCAUUUUUCAAAGUCAAGAUCAUUCCAGCUUUAUCUCAGAUCAGCCUUACUUCAUCUCUGCCAAAAUCCGCCAGCUUCCUCUCUUUUGGGGAGGAGUUUAACAUGGUUACAAGUGCCACUGCUGUUUUAUACACAGGACAAAGUUCAGAAUGCACUGUGACGUUGCAGAACAAUGGUAAACUUCCAGUUGAACUGGUGAAUGUUAGUCUUGAAUCUACACGGGACAAUAAAGACUUUGUGUGUGAAGUAUUUCAGUGGAACAAAGAGAACAUCGACUCUCAACUCCCACUGAAUGUCUCAAGCCUUCUCUGCUUUAACUUAGCCAUUAAUGCUGUUGGUGAAUUCCUGCUAUCAUCUAAAGGUUGUGUAAAAGCCUCAACAGACAGUUUAAAUAGAUGUACAAGUUCUGAAGGCAAGGUUGUGGAAGCCAUUUUGAAAGUGGAAUAUUCUGGUGGUCCUGGAUUAAAGGACAACUAUUGCCGAUGUUGCUCAAUAGCAUUUAGUGUAGACAUUCUACCCUCUGUUGUGUUUCAUAAAUGGGAUGUCAUGCUGUCUGAGAGUUCUGAUCAUUGUUACCUACUGUUUGAUCUACAGAACAUCUCGGGCCAUGAUUUGGAAGUUUAUCAUUCAAACCAGUGUGUGUACCUCAAACAUGAACAAAUUAGGAGGAUAUGUAUAGAGAUAGAGAGGAGUGAGCCAAAGUUGUUUGUUGGAGAUGACCAUUCAGAUGUGCAAUUUAGUCAAUUUCUUGCAACAUUUGUGGACAUUAGAUGGACAAUACCAUCAUUGAGUGUUAGUGGAAAAGUUGGUAUUGACAGCUUAUUAUGGACAUCUGAACAACAGCAAUUAGUGUACAUCUCACCUGUUUCAUGGGAUGUACGGCUGAAUGGUCAGUUGAUUUCUCCAUUACAUAUUGGAUCUCUGGAGUACAAGAUAGGACAGGUUGUCAAGGUGGAUGUAGAAGUUAACGUAAAGUCAGAAUCCAAGCUAGAAGACAAUGAGGCAGUUUUAACUGUUUACUGUUGUCAGCAUUGUGAUAAUGGAUCAAUCAAUUACAACACAGACAGCUAUGUAUGUACUAUAGGCUCAGAAGCGCUAGUCAUUCCUAAGAUUUCUGUUGAGGACACUAUUUCACAUUCCUGUAUGUUUAUGUUCACCUGCAGUGGGUUCUACAAAUUUGAAAUCAGGAUGCUGGUGAAAGGUCAAACAAAGGGUAAAGGUCAAGUUCCAGACAAGGUCACAGAGGAAUCAUUGACAGAGUCUCGCAGUUUUAAAUGCUCAUCUGUGAUAGAAGUUAAUAUAGUUGAUUAGGCCAUUAUAAAUUAAUCAUUAGAUUGUCAUCCAAAUUUAUCUUUACUAGAGGUUGGAGAAUUUUUUUCUGAUAUUCUUUUAUAUCUUUUAGGCAAAGGCCAAAGAAAAUUAAAGAAAAUUAAAAAUCACAAUGUCAUUUAAAGUUACAGAUUACAAUUCACUCCUUAUAAACACCUUCCAGGAGUUACUAAAAAUAGCCCAUGCAUACUAUUAUUUUGCUUGCUAAACGUUUUCAGCUAGCACUGUAUUCACUAUUCACUAUAGGUAUCUAUUGUCAUUUAACUGAUAAAUGAAAUGGCUUGAUGGUAAUUUGAUACUUAGCUAAAAAAUUACAUUAUAUGAUAAUUGGCUAAUAGAUAGGUAUGAAAUUACUAUUGAAGCUUAAGCAAUUUAACUGUUUUAAUUUGUGGUAUCUUUCAUAGUAUAUAUAUUAAGCGCUGAUGGUCAACAUUAGAUCAGUUAACCUUUAGCCUGCUAAAUUUCUAAAAUUGAGUGGUUUAUCAUUCAGUUUGGGCAAUACAAUUUAUUAUUCGAAGUGGUGUUCACUGAAAAUGUAUUGACUGAAUAGCGAACAGUGCAGACCAUGAUCCUGAUACUGGUCGCAAAGGCAGAAUCACUUGCCACCAGCAGACUAAAGGUUAAUACGUUUACGGAUAAAAUUCCAUCAGUCUGUCAGAACUAGUGUACACAAGUUGAAUAAUGACUGACCAGUUAUGAUUCCAGACCACUAACAAUUCCCACAGCAAAUCAGUCUAACUCUCAUUAUGACGAUUUCAUAUUCUAUACCUAACUGAUUAGACCAAAUAAAAGAUCUAAGUGUAUCUCUAAUAUGAGCCGUGCCAUGAGAAAACCAACAUCCGCGCAGUCUGGUCAGGCUCCAUACUGUUCGCUUUUAAAGCCUAUUGGAAUUGGAGAAACUGUUAGUGAACAGCAUGGAUCCUGACCAGACUGUGUGGAUGCGCAGGCUGGUCUGGAUCCAUGCUGGUCGCAAACCCACUAUGUUGGUUUUCAUCACGCAGCUCAUAUAAAACAUAUAUCAGUACAUAUCACUAUUUUCCUGUAUGCAUAUAAAUAUAUUCAUUUUUUUUUUUUCACCCCAAUCCAUAUGACACAAAAAGCUGACAAAGUCUCUUAAUAAGAAAUUUACUACUUGAGGCUUACCAGUACAGGUAGAUUUCUGCCUAUACUUAUUUAUUCUUGAAGCAAAAUCAUUGAAUCUGUGAAUGUUUGGAAGGUGUCUAUAAACAGGCUUCUAUUUUUGGUUAGCUCACCUAAGCCAUAGCACCAAAAAUUGGGCUCGUGAGCCCAGGUUGCACUACCGCAAAAAAUAAUAUCUGCCCUGAAAAACUGCUGAAAUCAAAUUUUUACCUGCAGAACUUGUCCAACUAAGAUAUUUCUGAAAUUUUGAAGACAAUCCAUGUUUCAUAUAAAUGCCCACAAAAAUGAUGUUUUUCUGAUACAGUACUAUACUCCUUUCCAACUGCAACUUCCACCAGGAUUCGAACCUGCAGCCUUCACUUUAACAGUGAAGAUGUUUGCCAGUUACACCAUUAUGAAAGUUAUAUUUUAGCAUAGGACUAUAGACUAUGGACAUUACUUUUUCUGCUGGUAAUACAAUAAUAUUAACCAAAAGUUGUUUUAUUAGUAUUUAUUUCAUAAUAAAAAUCAUAGGGCUGAUUUAGUUUUAAGUAAUAUUUUAUUACAAGAAUGGUGGGUGGGGUUUGAUGCCUUUGCAUGUUAUAUUAUCAAAACAUGCUUCAAAAUAUUAGCUGCUUUAGCAACUGUUGUCAUAUCUUUCUUAAAUGCUGACUUUUUAAUGACUAAUUAUUAAGAUUGCAAUAGAAAAUUUCGUUAGAAAGGACAGGUAUGUACGAAAAUCACGGCCAUGAAAACGGGUGACAGUAUGGAAAACGUAAGUUGAGACUUAAAUUCUUGAUAAAAUACCUGUUUUUAAUUUAUUUUAUUUCAUCAUAGCUAUUCAAAAACUUUCAAUUUCUGUUUAUUUUAAGCAUUUUCCCCCCUAAACUGACUCGGUAACAUUAAAAAAAUACUAUUUCGUAUCAGCCAAUCCACUCAUAAAAUCGUAUCAAGCAAACAAAAUGAUGAUUAAAAUUAUCCAUUUUUUUAUUCAGUAAUCUAAUUAUUGACAAUUGACUGCCUAAUUAAAUAAAAUUGUUGCAAAUUACCUCCCCUCCUUUCAAUAACGGAUGUUGUUUAUUACGCAGAUUAUCGAUUUUUCUUAUCUUUUGAUCCACAAACACUGUGUUGACAUAGCUUACAAGCUGUCAUUAGACAAGUCCCGCCAUGCGAUUGCCUGUCAACGGUGGUUUAAAUCUGCCUUUCAUACCUUACUGCUUAUUAGUAUAUGCAUGCUUUCAGUGACCGCGAUUAAGUGUUUAUUUAGAAUUCACAAGUUAAUUGUGGACACAGUUUUAUUGCAGGAAAUGAAUAAAAGAAUUUGUCAAAGGCAAAUGCCCCUGGGUCCCGAGUGACGCACAGGCAAGUAUCAUGGCGGGUCCUCUGAGCGUCUUUUGAAAAUAUCCGGGGUCCCGGGUCAAAUGGAACCCCUGACAGUUAGCCAGUCUUUUUAGCUCACCUGAACACAGAGUGCUUAUGGUGAGGUAUUGUGAUCACACUGUGUCCGGCGUAUGUCGUGCGUCCAUCCAUCCGUCCAUGCGUCAUCAACAUUUGUGUUUAAACGACAUCUCCUCCAAAACCAGUGAAUGGAUUUUGAUGAAACUUAGCAGUGAUGUUCCUUGGGUGGUCCUCUACCAAAAUUGUUCAAACAGUUCAGCUUGGUUGCACAUAGCAGCUGCCAGAACUAAAAAUAGAAAAAAACUUCAAACGACAUUGCCUCCUAAACGGAUGGUCCGAUUUUGAAAUAAUUUCACACAAAUGGUCCUUAUAUCACCAUCUACCAAGACUGUUCAAAUUAUACGGAAUUUUAUCAAAAAACAUGGCCGUUAGAGGGUGUGGUCACUUUUCCCUAUAUGUAUAUAGUGGAAACUUUAAAAAUCUUGUAUAAAACUGCUUGCCUGAUUUUAGAAUAAUUUUACACAAAUGGUCCUUGUGUGACCCUCUACCAAAAUUGUUCAAAUUAUUUUGAUUCGUCAAAAAACAUGGCCACCAGAGGGCGUGGUCAUUUUUCCCUAUAUGUAUAUAGUGGAAACUUUAAAAACCUUUUUUGUAUGAAACUGCUAGGCCAAUUUUAAAAUAAUUUUACACAAAUGGUUCUUGUGUGACCCUCUACCAAGAUUGUUCAAAUUAUUUUGAUUCAUCUAAAAACAUGGCCGCCAGAGGGCGUGGUCACUUUUCCCUGUAUGUAUAUAGUGGAAACUUUAAAAAUCUUCUUAAGUGAAACUGCUGGCCUGAUUUUAAAAUGAUUUUACACAAAUGGUCCUUGUGUGACCCUCUACCAAGAUUGUUCAAAUUAUUUUGAUUCGUCAAAAAACAUGGCCGCCAGAGGGCGUGGUCAAUUUUCCCUAUAUGUAUAUAGUGGAAACUUUUAAGAUCUUCUUAUGUGAAACUGCUAGCCCGAUUAUAAAAUAAUUUUACACAAAUGGUCCUUGUUUUACACUCUACCAAGAUUGUUCAAAUUAUGUAGAUUCGUCAAAAAACAUGGCCGCCGGAGGGCGAGGUCACUUUUCCCUAUAUAUAAAGUGGAAACUUUAAAAAUCUUCUUGUUUGAAACUGCAAGCCUUGUUUUAAAAUAAUUUCACACAAAUGGUUCUUGUGUGCCCCACUAUAAAGAUUGUUCAAAUUAUUCCAAUUUGUCCAAAAAAAUGGCUGCCAGAGGCCAUGGUCACUUUUCUUCUGUGAAUCAGUGAUAGCUAUAGCCUUGAUAUACUUAUACAAACACAAUUGAAGACUUGUACACAGGUGAGUGAUUUAGGGUCAAUAACCCUCUUGUUAUCAAUGUCUCUGUUCAUCUGAUAACUACAAAAAUAACUUUUGACCUGACACUGUCUGUAUCAGUGUUCAAUGAUAACCACAAAAAGCACUAUAAAUCACUGUCACCAUCGGUGUUCAUUUGAUAACCACAAAAAUCACUAUAGAUUGCUGUAUCAGUGUUCAUUGAUAACCACAAAAUCA